GUAUAAUAGCCUCACGUGUCCAUUGAAUUAUUACCGCGCGGUUAUGCGUAAAUACCCGUCGGAAAAGCCCCGCUCUUUACAGAUUACUGUUCCCACACUUGUUAUUUGGGGCAAACGUGAUAUAGCAUUAGUGCCACAAUUGGCUGACACCUCGCGCCGGUAUGUCAAUGACAUGACACUGCAGUACAUCGAGAACUGUUCCCAUUGGACACAAAUGGAUCAGCCGGUGAUUGUCAACCAAUAUAUCAGACAAUACUUAACCGCUAAACGAGAUUAACAUAGUUUUUAGCAAAACAUUGAAUUAACAGUAAUUGAAAUAAUUUAUG